UGAUAGAUAGAUAUGCUGCUACCCCACGCCCUAAUAAAAAGACCAAGAGACCACACACGACCGUCCAACGCAUCCCCUCUCUACCCCUCAAAAGAUGGCCGGCUGGACCUCCAUCCCGGCGGAGCUACUCGCGGAAAUCUCCGGCCGCCUGCCAGGUGACGCGGACCGGAUCCACAUCCAUCAGGUAUGCUCCCACUGGCGCGCAUCCACUUCCCGGCUGGCCGCCUGCCGUCCAUGGAUCAUCGCCGGCCGCGAACCAUGGAGCCUGGUUGGCCCGGUCGGCGAACACUCGUUUUGGCUGCCCCUUGGCGGCCGACGGAUCUACUUGGGCACGCCCACGCCGGCGGGCCUACCAUAUUGCUGCGGCACGCCCCUUGGCUGGCUUGCUCUCAUGGACAACCUGCAAUCCCCAACGCGGUUUGUCCUCUGGGAGCCCCUCUCUGAAGCUGAGAUCUUUCUGCCCUGUUUGCCCGCCGUUGUCCAAGUCUUCCUCUCAGGAGACCCGCUCACCUCGCCUGACUGGAUGGCGAUUGCAAGCCAGAAGCUCUACAGCACUGGCACUUGCAUGGGCCAGACGCUCUUCUUCUGGCGGCCUGGAGAUGCCGCAUGGACUAUGCAGCUCGAGCGGCCAAACGGCAGAAUCGAUAGCUCAGCAUUCCAUCAGGGGAAAUUCUACUUCACCGACAUCGGGUGGACCCUUCACGUCUAUGAUCUUGACCGCUCCCCUCCCAAGCUUGUCCGGAGCACGUACCUUUACAGUGCUCUGCGAGAGCGCCAUGGAUUUCGGCAGUUCCCUGGCGGUGGCAGGCCGGCGUGGUAUGUGGUCGCAUUCAAUGGCGAGUUGCUGCUUGUUGUGAUGUACCGUGCGCCCAACAUAAAGGCUGUCGAAGUUUACCGCCCGGAUUGGGCAGCGGAGCGCCUGGAGCUGCGGGACAAGGUCACGGAUCUCGGCGAGUACUCGCUCUUCUUGGGCCGCGGUGAUGCGUUUGCCCUCUGUGCAAAGGACUUCACUAUGAUCAGGAGAAAUUGUCUCUACUUUGUAGAGCACGAUACAGUCAAGCAUCAAGAUUGGGCUAUUGUGUUAGACUUGGGGUCAAAUGUUUUCCAACAAAUUCCAUAUCCCGGAGAGCAGAUGGAGGGCACGGGCAGAAAUAAUCACUGGACGGCGUAUUCGUGGUUCUGUCUCAGAAGACCCUUCUUGAAGGGUGAAGCCCAGUAAGGUGGUAGAUCUUCACUGACCAUCUUAUUAUAUGAAAGUAACCGAAUCAGUAUUGGAGCAGCAACAGAGCUUCCCAUGUUUGAAUGAUCUAAACACCACACCAACACCAGCACGUAUGUCUUGUCACUUCAGAUUAUUCCUCCCAUGAAUCCUUGUUGAAUCAUGGACUCCAACAGCCCAAUUACUAACCCUUUGGCAUAGAAGUGUUAAGAGCUGAUUUAUACUCCUAGAUAGCACCAUUGUUGUAUCUCUAUUUCUCUUGCUACUAAUAUAACUGUCAUUAUUCAGUCCGUUGGCAAGUUUGGUUCAUUCUUUUUACUGGCAACACUAAGUGCCUUGUUCUGGUUGGACUAGCAGCUGUGUUAUGGUCGGUCUGGAAUUAAUACUAGAAACAGAGCAUGCUUCCAACAUACUCCCUCUGUCCCAAAAAGCUUGUCUCUCAAAUGGAUGUAUCCGUAUCUAGAUAAAUCGAACGCAAGCUUUUCUGGACGGAGGUAAUAGUUGUUAAACUGAUAAGCCAUUGGCUUCAUAAUUUGGUCUUCGCGCUGCGGUUAAAGGAGGAGAUGCAAAAUCUGCUGCUGCUGUUGAGAACAGAGUUGUUUGGAGUAGGCAGCAAGGGAGGUGUUUAAUGCAGCGAAAGCACGAUACAAAGAUUAAUCUAUUGAGGGUGGUGCUGUAACCGAAGGAAGUGUGUUCUUUGUUGAAGAUUGCUGGUGCUUCUCCUGGCAACACAAUACUAGUACUAUUCAUUUCCCUUGUUUCGGCUCCUUGCUAGCCUGAUGUUUUGAGCAGCUAGCUGAUAUGUGAGUAUAGCUUUUGACAGCUUUUGCAGGGAUUCUGCUUUGCAUGCCUGCUGUGUGUGCAGAUUCAAUUCCCAUGUAACUAUAUUUCCCCCCUUUUUCUGGUCUGUAAAAGAAAUAGCAUCCUAGUACACUGGCUUCCAGAAAAACGCUGUGUUCGUUGCUGGUA